AUGCCUGAUGUCGUAAACUUCCUCACUCAACGCGGGAUGACCAUCUCGGCAGCCAAGUCGUCCGUCACUGUUUUCACGCUGGACCCGAAGAAGUUCUGUCGUCACCCGACCACCACUGUCAACGGUGCGUCCUUACCACUCGUGCGUAAGCCCAAGAUCCUUGGCGUUCGUUUCAGUCCGCCCUUCACGUUCGCGGACUAUGCCAGGCAGAUCGCAGGCAAAGUUGGCCGCUGCACCAAUGUCCUCAAGGCUCUUCCGGACACAUCCUGGGGCUGCGCGAAAGAGACGCUCACAACCAUACUCCAAGCGCUGGCCAAGCCGCACGUCACUUAUGCUGAAUCAAUAUGA